AUGUCAUCGGAACAACGAAAAACGUCGAAAAAACACUCAAUAAUCGACAACGAUAAUAUUAAGGGGUUUUUUGAAGUUUAUUUGGACCAGGAGCUUAAGGGUCUAGCGAUCGACUAUGGAAAAGUGCUAGCAUUAUAUUUAACAUCAGUAUCAACUCAAACAAUAAAUCAGGACGAAACACCAAAUGAAUCGUUUGAAAUAAAAUAUCGAAAACUUUUAGAACAAUAUGAAAAAUUAGAAAAAGAAAAUCAAGAUUUAACAACUGAAAUCAAAUGUUUAAAAGCAAAAAAUAAAAAAAAGAUAAUUAAAUGCAAAAAAAUAAAACAAUGUGCAAAAGUGUUAGGUUUAGAUAUCGAUCUUUUAAAGCAAUGCAAAGGUGACAGUUCUACAAUAACUUGUCGUAAUGUUACUCGAGAAUUAUUCCCUGAUGCUGCUGAACGAGCUUCAAAAACAAUAUCAACAAUAGAAAAAAAUAAGGUUACAGCAAUUGUAGAAUUUGCAAGAAUCGUUCAUCCUGGCGAAUCCAAGUCCAAACGUGAUUUAACUAAUGCAAUUGGGAACGUUUUCGCUAGUGAAAAAUUACAAGAACAAAAGAAAAACAAUUAUUGA